GCCUGCGCGGCGGCGCGCGAACGGAGCGGCGGAGAGCGGUGGGGCUGCGCUGCGAGGGGGGAAAUGGCGGCCGCGGUGCUGGCGGCGCCGGAGGGCGGUUCCGCCGCGAUGCCGAUGGGGAGCGCGGCUACGUGUCCUCCUCCGGCCGGCCCCGCGGGCCCCGGCUCGUGGAGCCGAUCCUUGGACCGAGCCUUGGAAGAAGCGGCGGCCAGCGGCACGCUCAGCCUGAGCGGCAGGAAGCUGCGCGACUACCCGCGGGCCAGCGCCGCCAACCACGACCUGAGCGACACCACCCGCGCCGAUUUGUCACGGAACAGGCUGUCAGAGCUUCCAGCAGAAGCAUGUCACUUCGUCUCCCUUGAGAGCCUUAAUUUGUACCAGAACUGCAUUCGAUACAUCCCAGAGGCUGUUCUGAACUUACAGUCUUUAACGUUUCUAAAUAUCAGUCGAAACCAACUUUCAACGUUGCCAGUACACCUCUGUAGUCUACCACUAAAGGUUCUGAUAGCGAGUAAUAACAAGCUGGUUUCAAUACCUGAAGAAAUUGGACAGCUCAGACAGCUGACAGAGCUCGAUGUGAGCUGUAAUGAAAUACAGACAAUACCUCCGCAGAUCGGCAGUUUGGAAUCCUUACGGGACCUAAAUGUCAGAAGAAAUCACUUGGUGCGUUUACCUGAAGAGCUCGCUGAGUUGCCUUUGAUUCGAUUAGAUUUCUCCUGCAAUAAAAUAACAACAAUCCCAGUUUGCUAUAGGAACCUCAGACAUCUGCAAACCAUCAUGUUAGAGAACAACCCUCUCCAGUCACCCCCUGCACAGAUAUGUAUAAAAGGAAUUCACAUAUUUAAAUAUCUGAACAUAGAAGCAUGCAAGAUAGCUCCAGAUUUGCCUGAUUAUGAUAGGAGACCCAUGGGAUUUGGAUCUUGCCACGAGGAACUUUAUUCCAGUCGUCCAUAUGGAGCACUUGAUUCUGGCUUCAAUAGUGUGGACAGUGGAGACAAAAGAUGGUCAGGGAAUGAACCAACAGAUGAGUUCUCAGACCUCCCUUUACGUGUGGCAGAAAUCACUAAAGAGCAGAGACUGCGAAGAGAAAAUCAGUAUCAAGAAAACCGAGGGAGCUCAGUCGUAACCAAUGGUGGAGUGGAACAUGAUCUCGAUCAGAUCGACUAUAUUGAUAGCUGUGCCACGGAAGAGGAGGAGGAAGAGGUGAGGCAACCCAAGUGCGUGGACUCAGACAGCCUCAGCUCACAAUUCAUGGCAUAUAUUGACCAGCGGAGAAUCUCUAAUGAGAGCUCACCAGCAAAGCCUGCAUCUACUAGAGAAUUUCAGAAGGCUGAGGACACGAGACGGUAUUUACAACAAAACAGACCCCCAGCUGAUUCACCUUACUUUCUCUCUCUAUCAAGUCACCAGAGUCAGGUGCCCAAUACAGACCCCGACCUGCACCGCAGGCACAUAGAGCGUACCCGCCGGGAGGCACAGCUAGCAGCGCUGCAGUACGAGGAGGAAAGGAUGAGAACCAAGCAGAUCCAGAGAGAAGCUGUUCUCGACUUUGUUAAGCAAAAAGCAUCCUUAAGUCCUCAGAAAAGUCCUCUGGAUAGUGAGUGUCCCUUUCCAUCCAGAAGGUCUCAGCAUACUGAUGAUAGUGCCUUGUUAGUGAAUGGCUUUGAGCCUCUCUUUGUGUUUGAGAUUGACAAUAACACCAAUACCAUUAAGAGAAGGCCAGGGACUCGCAAACAGUCCCUCUCAGGGUUGAAUCAAGACAGCGGUGCUACUGCCCUGCCUAACGCCUCUGCCCUCAGCCCUGCCAAGAGUGAUGACAGAUCCACCAUCUCUCCUGGCUCACCCACCACUCAGACAGUCCACCUUUCCCCUGCACAUCCUGGUCAUGCAGCCCUGCCUUCCUAUAGAAACCCUUCCCAGCGACCCGAGAGUUUCCUUUUCCGAGCAGCUGUCAGGGAUGAAGCAAACAAAGUGGUUGCUUCAUCAUCUUCCCGUGCCUUGUCUCCUGCUAAUGAUCCUGCAGACACGAGAGUUAGACAGAACUCCAAGCAGCGUGAGGAGGAGCUGGAGCUAAUAGAGCAGCUACGUAAGAAUAUCGAAUCACGGUUGAAAGUGUCACUGCCCAGUGAUCUCGGAGCAGCUCUCACCGAUGGCGUCGUUCUGUGCCACCUGGCUAACCACGUCCGCCCUCGCUCUGUCCCCAGCAUCCACGUCCCCUCCCCUGCUGUUCCUAAGCUGACAAUGGCGAAAUGCAGACGAAAUGUGGAGAACUUCUUGGAAGCCUGCCGAAGGAUCGGGGUGCCUCAGGAGCAAUUAUGUUUGCCUCUCCAUAUUUUAGAAGAGAAGGGUUUGACACAGGUAGCUGUGACUGUGCAGGCGCUGCUGGAGCUGGCACCCCCAAAGCAGCAGCAGCUUCAACACUUGUCUGCUGCGUAAAGACCUCCGGGACUUUUGGGUUACCUUGGCUAAGCAGAAGGACGUCAAGACUUUACUGCCCGUGCAGUGCAUCCAAACACACAGAGCUCUGUUCUAAGGACACGAGUUUCCGUGAUUCCUGACAGGAACGUUUUUGCUUCGUUUCUCCAUUUUUUUUGGAGGUGACCGCAGUUUCCAGUAACGUUUUGAUUAGAGAGAAUUUUGCCCCCUGCUGAUAAACGGGUGGUGAGGAGGGCAGGGAGUGCAGGGGCUGUUGGAGCCGGCUGUAGAAACUGACCUUGUAGGUGGAAGACGGUGGUGUACAGUUGGGAAAGCUGUUCCUAUAGGAAUUCAUUUCUUUAAUGAAAAAGGAGAACAAGAGGUGGUUGCUGCAGUGGGCACGAGGGGGAUGAGAUGGCGUUCCUUCUCCACGGGAUUCAGAGGGACUUUCUUUGCCUCCUGAGAACAGCAGCUCUUUCCAUUGUAUAAACGUAUCUAUGUUUUUAAAGGAAUUGCAGCACAAUCUUAACCAGUGCGGUGUUUCCUAUCGGGGUCAGUCCUUGUGCAGCUGUCACCUGUGUUGGCAUAUCCUCAUUACUGAAGACGUGUAGGAAAAAAAGGGGGUUUCCCACCCCCAGAGGAAAAAAAUACUGCAUGUUUUCUCCACAAGAAACAUCUUGGUAAAAGAUGCUAAACCAGAACCGUUUAAAUCUAAUGGGUAACGGUAGCAUCCUUGCUGGGUUUGCAUUCUGUUUGGGCUUCAACGCAUCUAUCCGUGAAAACUCAUGCAAAAUUGGGGGUCUCCCACCUCCUCUCACCUCCCCUCCAAGCCCUGCGUGAUGCAUUCGGUUACUGAGUGGUUUUGUCACAUGGCUGCCAAGAAUCACAUCUGCAUCGCGCUGCAGUGCAAGGAGGGACAGCCUGCAGUGCGAGUCAGUAGGAAGCCGUGCCCGGGUCAUACUUCGGUGGGGGUGGAGCACCCGGUGCAGACAAUGCUGAGCAUCACCGCUGCUGAGAAAUGUGUCAUUUUAGGAACAUAAGGACUGAAUUUCCACAGGUGGGCUGCGUGUUGUCAAAGCAGAAGUACUGCAAAAGGUGGCUUCUAUUUUUGUGGGCUUGACGGGGCUUUAAGCCUUUGGUUAUGGCUGUUUGUAUAGAGGGAUGCACUGGUUUUACACAACUGCCGUUACUUUCUUCCUCUUUCUUUAACAUAAAAAUGGAAAUUCAGCAUGCAGGAACAGGAGAGGCAGCAGGCAGGUUUGGAAUUGCACUCAGAAGUCAGUGUGCAAAGCACAGAUGGGCAGCUCUCUGUGCCCUUGUCCCAGCAACAAGGCCGAGCUCGCUACCAGAUCAAUCACAGCAUCUUUUUUUUUUCCUCUAAGAAAGUCCUUGCAAAAUGCAGUUCUCCACCCAUGCAGUCCUUUUACUGAUUCUGAUCCAGUUCAGGCAUCCCAGAGCAGUGUGCCACUAACGUGGGUUGCAUGGAGUCUGAGAACAGCAUCGUGCCUCGGAGGUACGCUGGAAGCAGAAUACAUCAAGAGGAUUUCAUAGUUAUAAAGGAAGGAGAAGGAGUGAGGAACGGUGAGCUCAAAGCCAUUCUCGCCGCAGUGAACCUGCACGGGGACACUGGCAAAGGCUGCUCUUAGCUGGAUUUUUCCCCUUUUGAUUUGCAGCUUUGUUUCCACUCUGUUUGCUCCACGUAUGUGUCAGGACUCGCCGUGAUGGCUGUUGUAUCGCUGUUUCACACAACGAUUCCAGUUGCUCCUUAUUGGCAUUGGCUGGUCGUGUUGUAGGUCACAAAGAACACACGAAGGGGGGUUUAAAACUGCACAGCUGGAAGGAGAAACCUUUUCACUCCAAGUAGCGUGUUGCUCUGAGCUCUGCAAGAAAUGGAAAUGCCAACAGCUUGCAAUGUGUAGGGGAAGAGAGCAGCUCCGUGCAGGCCUGCUUUGCUCCCAGGUAGGUUUUAUGUUUCACAUAAUUCCACUUGUAGGAAUUACUGGGAAUUCUUGAAGGGUUACACAUAAGUGUCAGGAGUCACUGCUGCAGUUUGGUGGGUGGAAGGUCUGCCACUCACAGCAAACGGUGCAGCAUAGCACAGAUGUUUCUUGUGUGUUUGUCCCUCAUGCAGUUUGAAAGAGGAGGACACUGAAUUCAUGAUAGUUCUCAACAUUAGGUCAUUCGGAUCACAUGGGAGCACGUCACUUCUUACUAGCACUCAUAGACUAUGGAGCUGUGAGGGUGGUGUUUGCUUUAGUCCAGCUUCCAGCACUUACAGGAAAUGAAACUUAACAGUAUUCAGGUAGGUGGGAGCUUGACGUUUCAUUAAUACGAGUUCAUAGGAAUCAAUGGGUUGGGAGGUGGGGGGUCUGAGCUGCUCGAAAUGGCCGUGUUUGUUGUCUGGGUAGGACAGCCUCUCUCGGCUGCAGGCAGCACAUACACGUGCAUGUGAAAGGCAGUGUUAGUGUGGCCGGGCAGCUGCACGUCCCGAGCAUCACCCCUGUUGUCACAAGCAGCAGCUCGCCCCGGCACCUUCAGGUGUUUGUGGCCACCUUAGGUUAAGCUGCAUAGCCUUGUGUGUUCCUGCUGGCAGAUGCUAAAUGCUGACCAGAUGUUUAGGGCAAAAAUCCAAACCUGAAGUUUCAUCGUACGGUUUAUUUAAUGUGUUAUACCAAAAACAAGUGCUGUUUUGCAGACUCGGUGGGAUUUUUUAGUGUGUUCGUGUGCAAUUUUUGUUGUAUCCGGUGAAAAGAAUGUGUAUAGAAUUCUAUUCUGUGUUCAGAGGCAGUUACCUUUCCUUUCUGGGGCAUUUGUGUUGGAGGAUGUGGGAGGAAUCCAUCGCGGCGCUUUGUGCUUUGCUGGUGCUCAUCCACCAGCUCUGCUGUGUCACCAUCCUUCCUCCAGCGAUGGUGAGCGCUGACUUUGGGGCUCCACAACGUUACCCACUCAAAACCAAGCGGCAGUGGCACUGAGGGGUCCCUCAUAGCAUUGGUGUGAUGGGGUCAGAACAGCGGGGAUGUGAUUCCUCCCCUUGUGAAGGAGGGGACUUUGGUGGCCUGGCUGAAAUAAACCACAGAGAGCUUUUCCCAUCACCGAGAACUGCUCUGCUGUUGUCAGUCGUGACCCGGUGGCAAAUGGUUCUUUUUAUCCUCUUAUGACUAUAAACGUUCCUUUGAAAAAAACUAAAGACAAAAUAAAGUGUUUUAGGAACAGAGGACUCCUAAAGUGACUUUAGACGUUCAGAAAUCCUUUUGUAUAGAUACUGUGGUGUUUUACAAAGCAAUCUAAUUUUGUUAUUUCUGAAAGCAGUGUAAACGUGUAAUUAAUAAAGGAUUUUAAGGCUUCAUCCCAUGCUGUACGUCUGUAAAUACAUUCCAUAAUGUCUAUGUCUGUUAAAUAUAAAUAUGUUUGGAUACUGUACACUUUAUUUUAAAUUGCCUGUAUUCUGCCAGUAGUGUGAACUUCUAGCACAUUAAUAAUAUAAAAGGAAACCAUGGGUAAUUUGAAAUAAAGUUUUAAGACUUACA